UGCUGUUUGCAGUUUCCUCCACUAGAGAGCUACAAACCACCGUCAAUACUCUCUCCGUGACGUCAAUCUCACGAGACGGAAGUGAAGAAUUGUAGUCGUUAGAGAUGCUGAUAGUGACAUGACAAAUCAAACUGCACUCUGAAAAACACAACAACAAGCCAAGAAAACAACCAGAUUCCUUUGGAAGUCUUCUGCACAAACAGAAAGGAUGCAUGGUCGAGUGAAGGUUAAAACUACAGCCCAGCAGGAGGAAGAGAAAAGAAAGGAGAGGGAGAAGAAACUGAAGAUAUACGUGGCUGCACGAGAUGCCUGUUUUUCUAAGAGGAAGGAGGGUAUUUGUGAUGAUGAGGCUCUCCAGAUUACCCAGCAGCUACUUUCAUCCAAUCCCGACUUCGCAACCCUCUGGAAUUUCAGAAGAGAGAUCCUAAUGCACCUGGAAACUGUGAAGGACGAGGAUGAAGUGCAAAAGAUUUACCAGGCUGAGCUGUCAUUUCUUGAGUCUUGCCUGAAAGUGAACCCAAAGUCGUACGGCAGCUGGCACCACCGAGGUUGGGUCUCGACCCGCUUGCCUCGACCGGACUGGGCCAGAGAGCUGAGCUUGUGUGAUCGUUGCUUGAGCCUGGACGACCGUAACUUCCAUUGCUGGGAUUAUCGCCGGAUGGUUGUGAAGAUGUCAGGCGUGCCCGUGGAUCAGGAGUUGGCGUUCACCGAUCGUCUUAUUGGCUCCAACUUCUCCAACUACUCCAGCUGGCACUACCGCAGCACUCUGCUGCCGCUGCUCCACCCAGAGUCCCCCGAGCCCCCGUCACCAUGCCGUGAGCGCCCCCACUCCUCCCCUCCUCCUUCUCCGCAAACCCACUCCCAUCGUGUUUGUGAAGAGCAGCUCCUCAAAGAAUAUGAGCUUGUACAGAAUGCUUUCUUCACCGAUCCCAACGACCAGAGCGCUUGGUUCUACUAUCGCUGGUUGCUAGGCAGAGCUGAACGUGAAGAGAUGAUAAGCUGUGUGUACGUCAGUCGGGAUGAGGAGAGAGUGGCUGUCGCCUUCUCGAGACCUGUUAAUGCGCAGUCUGUCGGCCUGCUGCUGGUCCUCGACGGUCAGCCCCAGAGAGUGGAGUGGAGGAGCGUCCACCCACGCUUCAAACACAGCCCUGUCUGGAUCUGUGAUCUUCCUCCUGGAACAAUAAGCGACAUCACGAAUGAACACAACCUGACUGUGCACUGGACUGAAAAACACACCCACAGAGACUGUGCUCUGUACACAGGUCGGACUGAGAGUUGGUGUCGGGACUCGGCUACAGAUCAGGAACUUUUCAGGAGUGAACUCUCAGUAGAGAAGACCUCAGUGUUACAGUCAGAGCUGCAAUCAUGCAACCAGCUACAAGAACUGGAGCCACUCAAUAAGUGGUGCUUACUGACCAUUAUCCUCCUGAUGAGGGCGCUAGACCCUCUGGGUUAUGAAAAGGAGACGCUUGCUCAUUUCCAGACAUUGAAAGAAGUGGACUCCAUGCGCUCUGCGUAUUACAGUGACCUGUGCAGCAAGUUUAUGAUUGAAAACACCAUCUUGAAAAUGGAGUAUGCUGAAGUGCGCGUCUUCAGUAUUUCUGACAAGAACCUGACCACCUUAUGCCACCUGGACCAGCUGUUAUUGGUUACCCAUAUCAAUCUGUCCUCCAAUCAGUUGCAGCGGCUGCCUCCUCAGUUCUCCAUGUUGCAGUGCCUGGAGGCCUUGGAGGCUGACAACAACUCUAUAGAAAAUCUGGAAGGACUGUAUCACCUUCCCAAACUGGAGGAAGUCCUCUUGAAGAAUAACAAAAUCUCCACAUUGGCAGAUCUUCAGCCACUGGCCUCCUGCCCCAAGUUGAAGCGCCUCGAUCUCCGUGGCAACCCAGUCACUCAGACGGCCAACAUCGAGUCAGAGCUGGCCGAGCUGCUGCCCUCAGUCACAGACCUCCUGCUCUGAUCAGACGGAGGGCGGGAAAUCACUGCCAUCGUCAUGUCACCUCGUCUCGUCAAUUGUCCUUCACAUUCUCUAGCGUGUUUGUUUGUGAAAGAGCAAGUGGGUGUUUUCCAAGCGUCUUGUGACUCUGUUUACUCCACAGACCGUCAAUCACACCGAUCCCGGAGGGUCUGAGAGCCUGAUGCCUCUGAGCACAGGUCAAAAACCACUAACACCUUCAGAAAAAUGUCUAGACUUGUGUGUGUGUGUGAGUGGGUGGGUGGGUGAGUGAAUGAGAGCGUAAUAACCAAUGUUGCAUCUCUUAGUGUGUGCAUAUCGAUGUCCUUAAUACAACACACCUGAUUGCAUGCGGAAACCCUGAUAAUGGAGUAAACUGGCUGUAUAUGGAUUGGCGUGCAGCAAUGCUGGCUAAUUGCUUCUACAAGAUGUAAAAACGGUUGGAUUUUAAAACAAAGCUUCUAACUAAUGAUCAGAGCAUCGCAUAGUUCUCAUACACAUUUUUUUUUAAAAGGUUGUGUAAAGCAUUUAAUAUAUGACACUAUACUGUUGCACAGUAAGUCACAGAUCCAGUAAUAAAACAGCACACAUUGUGUCACUGCCUUCCAAAAA